CCUGCAGAAGCAGCCGCACACUAGUUCCCAGCCAAUGAAACUCAGGGAAGAGGCGUUUGGCAGCGGUGAGUCCGUGGACCGCUUACUCGAUUGAGUGAAGUUUUGGAGCUCGCAGGAUUAACGUAGCUGACAGGCCCCCUUCUGUCAGUACCCUUUUUUCUCUGUGUGUUCCCGGUCAUAAAGUUAAUGACGGUUGCUGACGGUGGCACCUUAUCGGUCAUCAUGCCUGUCCGAGCAGAGUACUGCGGCACCACCGGAUCGGCCUGUCCAUCCUCGGCCUCUCUUGUUCCCCCUGCCCCGAUCAACACCCACCAACCAGGGGUGGCCACCUCGCUUCUGUACAGCGGCGCGCAGUUUCGUGGAUACCAGAAGAGUAAGGGCAACUCGUACGACGUCGAGGUGGUCUUGCAGCAUGUGACUGUAGAGGACUCCUAUUUGUGUGGCUAUCUGAAAAUCAAUGGCCUGACUGAGGAGUAUCCAACUCUAACAACGUUCUUCGCUGGAGAAAUUAUCAGCCAAAAGAGGCCUUUUUUAACUAGGAAGUGGGACGCGGAUGAGGAUGUGGACAAAAAGCACUGGAGUAAGUUCAAGGCUUUUUACAAAUAUUCCAAGAACUUCAACUCAGAUGACUUUGACUAUAAUGCGCUGGAAAACGGUGAUUAUAUCUUCAUGAGGUGGAAGGAACAGUUUCUAGUACCAGACCACACGAUCAAAGACAUCAGCGGUGCCUCCUUCGCAGGUUUCUACUAUAUCUGCUUUCAGAAGUCCACAGCCACAAUUGAGGGCUACUAUUAUCAUCGGAGCUCAGAGUGGUACCAGUCUCUAAGCCUGAACCAUAUUCGAGAGCACAGUAUGCCUAUUUAUGAAUUUCGGUGACAUAACUGGACAGGAAUGCUUAGUGGCAUAAGGGACAGUUCAUACUGCCCUGUGCUUGAAAAGGAUGGAGAAUCCUUUAAUGUCAAGAAUGGAGGUGACCCGAUUUCCUCACUGGGGUGGAAAAUGACAGCUGGUCAGACACUCUUCUGCUGGACUGAAAGAAAGAAGGCACCAAUGAAGAAGAGUACGGAAGAUCUGUGAGACGUGGAGAUUUCUCACAGUUGCUGCAGCAGAUUUUUUUUUUUUUUUUUUUUUUUUUUUACACUUGUAAAAUCUUUAUCUCAAUAGUUGGACAUUAACAUAGAUUUCCUCCAUCUGCUUCAGUUAAGACACACAUAAUUACUUUUAAGUUAAGAGUUGGAAAAAGAGAGUAAAGCUUAAUAUAUUUAUCUUAUUUGAAAGAUACAAUACCUUUUUGAGGUCCUGUGAUGAUUAAUGGUGGGUUUAUCGCCACAAGAUAAAGAAGCAGACAUGCAUGAGACUUUUAGUGCAAGAUUUGUAUGACUGCAUGGUCAGUUGAUCAGGGAUGGUGUUCUGGUGUAACCUUCAAGCAGUAUGUAUUUAAUACCCAAAUCCUAAGAUACAAAUGAGCGAGUGAGCUGCAGCUUUUUCAGAAAUCAUCUCAACUUUAUAAAAUGUUUCUCUAUGCAAACCAAAGGUUAAUAAUGGGUAGAGUUUCUUACACUGCCUUAUUAUUUUAUAUUUAAUUUUCAGGUCACUUCUCUUUAAGGGUGGUUAUUUAUUUUAAACCAGGAGUGAAAAGUAGAGGGAUAAAAGUCUAUUUAAUUAUACUGGCCACCAACUGAAGCACAGUAAUUGUACACAGUGACUCAUAAUCCAGUUGAGAUAGAAGCUCGUUUCUGCCAUCUAAAAUAUUUCUGGGCAACAAAAUGAACACAGCGCUUUGUGUGAACCUUUAUACAGGCUGUAAAGAUCACUACUACAGUGUAACAUAAGUAAUGUGUUGCUUCCUCAGUGGCGAGUGUAAUGUUUAAAGAGCAUCCUGUGUGACUGUGAAAGCAUGAUGAGAAAUGAAGCCUCGUUUGACACUUUAGAAAAAAAACCUGCUGCCUUAAAAUUUUAAAUGCUCCUUUUGUACUUUUUAAGUUUGUCGUUGCUUUAUUUGAAAGAAAUCAUGAACAUUUACGCUUAUGAGAGAAAUUGCAUGGGGGGAAGAAAAUAAGUAUUUCAUCAACUUAAAGUUGUUUUGUUUUUGUUUUGUUUUUUCCUGAAUGGGGUUGAUGUCAAAUUUAUCUGUUGCCGAGUGUGCGCGCCUUCCCGAAGGGUCAGACUUCCUGUGUAACAGCCAGGUUUGAUGAGCUGUUGUGGGAAUCGCUGUUCACACUACGGUCUUUUAACUCAAGCAAGUCGAUCGCAGAUGCUACAAUCCUAAUGACUUUUAUUUUUAUUAAUCGUGUAACAACAAAAAAAACCUGUAAAAUGUGCAAUGUAAGCAGAAAAUGUUUAUUUUGGAGUGUGUAAUUAAGUCCUGACAGAUAAACCCCCGAAAACAAAGACGGUGUAUCAUAACUCUGCUGUGAGGAGAAAUAAAUAUA